CCCAAUUUCAAUGCAAGGACUUGGAUAUCCACAAAGAGCGGAGGAGCAGUCGGCAUCCGGUCUUUAGGACCAGGCGGAGCCGGCUGGGAGGACCAAGGGUGACGCACAUGCAGCGGUGAGAUUAAAAGCGCAGCAUCUCCAAAGCCUCGGGGUUCAACACGAGUGACCAGGGAUUCCAGCAAGAUCUCCUGUACAAAUAAUCAGCACACAUUCUCGGAGGUAAUUGAUUGCCUGACUGCGAGCUUCUACCUGCGUGGCACACCGCAUCCUCUUGGAGGUUUUGUCCUGAACCAUGGGUGUGGUAGUAGCAGAUGGUAAAGGUCCAGGAGUGGAAGCCCCCGAUGGUGGCUGGGGCUGGGCUGUUCUCGUUGGCUGCUUCGUCAUCACUGGUUUCUCUUACGCUUUUCCGAAAGCCGUCAGCGUUUACUUCAAGGAACUAAUCAAGGAGUUCCAUAUUGGGUACAGUGAUACAGCAUGGAUAUCAUCCAUUGUGCUCGCCAUGUUGUACGGAACAGGACCGAUAUCCAGUGUACUUGUCAAUCGCUUUGGUUGUCGUCCUGUGAUGAUGGUAGGAGGUUUCUUUGCAUCAGCGGGUAUGAUCCUGGGGUCGAUGUGCACCAGCAUCAUCCAGAUCUACCUUACAGUUGGCGUUAUGACUGGUCUGGGUCUGGCCUUGAACUUUCAACCAUCUCUCAUCAUGAUAAACCGCUACUUUGACAAGCGACGGCCGUUAGCUAAUGGCCUGACUGCAGCUGGGAGCCCGGUGUUUCUGUGUACCCUCUCACCGUUGGGCCAAGUACUGAUCAAGACGUACGGGUGGCGAGGUGGCUUCCUCAUCUUUGGGGGUCUGCUGCUCAACUGCUGUGCCUGUGCAGCUCUGAUGAGACCACUGCGGCCAAGCGGCAAAGAGAAAGCCAAGCUGAAAGAGGAGAAGGAGACACCAGUGAAGAAGCACAAACUGCAGCUGCUGGAUUGCUCUGUUUUCAAGAACCGAGGUUUUCUCAUUUACACCAUCGCGGCAACCGUCAUGGUCUUUGGACUCUUUGUUCCUCCUGUCUUCGUCGUAAACUAUGCAAAAGACUUGGGAAUACCAGACACAGACGCUGCUUUCUUGUUAUCCAUCUUGGGAUUCGUGGACAUUUUCGCCCGCCCUCUCUGUGGUAUUCUCGCGGGUACAAAAUUCAUGCGCCCCCGAUGUGUAUAUUUCUUUGGCUUUGCAAUGAUCUUCAACGGGAUCACUGAUUUGGGCGGCUCCUUUGCUCACGAUUAUGCCGGACUGACAGUGUUCUGUAUUUUCUUUGGAAUGUCCUAUGGAAUGGUGGGGGCCCUGCAGUUCGAGGUGUUGAUGACCAUUGUUGGAACCCAGAAGUUCCCCAGUGCGAUUGGACUGGUGUUGUUGAUGGAAGCAAUGGCCGUGUUGGUAGGCCCACCAGGUGCUGGGAAACUGUUGGAUUAUACCAAUGUUUACAGGUAUGUUUUUUACUUGGCUGGCUCCGAGGUGGUCCUCUCGUCCCUGAUACUGGUUAUCGGAAACUUUUUCUGCAUAAGUGGGAAAGCUAAACCACCUGAGACUGAGCCGAAGGAAGCUGUGCAAGAGGCGAGGCCAGGGGAGCUGGACCAAGAGCAGGGAACUGUGGAAUCCGUGGAAGUGGAACAGUUCCUGAAAAGCGACACGGAAGAAAAUGGGGAAAUCGUGCCGACACCUGAAACCAGCGUAUGAAUCUCCGAAGAGGAAGAAGAGAAUGUUUACAAAAGUCAAUAAGAAUUGGAGUCUGUACAUUUAUUUAGAAAUGUGAGGUAUCUUCUUGUAUUGGUGAGAGUAGUUUAUUUAAUGGUGCAGAAUAUUUUUGUGACUUUUGUUUUAAUUUGCUGCCUUGCAUUUGUCAUUCAGUGUGUCUUUACAGAAAACGUUAUUUGAAUGUGGUCCAAUGUGGGGAUUGGAGUAUCAAAUCUACCCUGCGGUUCCACAAAGCUAUAGAAAUGGGAAAAGUGGUCAGAUGUACAACUUACUCUCUGCUAACAAUGUUGGUGACAACGGGACCCUGGUUAAGAAAUUGUCCACAAUUGAAAAUGUCUGCAGUUUACUUGGCAGGAGGAUUCCAGUUGUGAAUCCUCAUGGGUCAAUUAUUUUUAAAGGAAGCAGAAGUGAACCAGAUACAAAUAAGCUCCAUCUGAAGUUCUAACCUAGUGUUUUAUUUAUCAAUUAAGGAGGCAACUAAACUGCAAGUAUGUACCGAUCUUACAAGGCAAUUAAAAUAAAACUAGAACAUUUUUUUUAAAUCUCCGUUAUUAGUAUUGGCUUGUUGCCAUUGAAAAAUGAUCUUGCUAUAAUUUGUGCAGGUUAACAUUCACACCACUGGAAUAUGAGACUGAUAUAAUGACUAUUAUUAACAUAGUGGAUUUUUUCACUGUAUUAAAACAAUAUUUCUGUUUCUUUCCAAAUAA